GGGCACUCGGGGACAUCGAACGGGAGCGGAGGCGGAGCGCAGGGGAAAUGGCCAGGGAACGCAAUCGUAUCCAGGAGGAGUUAGUUACGACAAUCACAAUUUUAAUAUCAAUCAAGACGAGCAGGAGGAGCACGAGCAGGAGGCUUCUUACAUGAUAAGUUUGUGCAUCGGUUGUAGUUCUAUUUGUGAAUGCACGCUCAUCCUCAUUGAUGGUUCGUGUGAAAGGAAGUAAGAAUAUCAUCUCCACUGCAUGAAUCUCCUACUCAACAUAAGUACUUACAUUCGUUUUUACUCCAUAUCUUCUAAGAUGCCUGCUGGUACGUCGGGCGGGCGUCAGACGAAAAGUGGGCUUCUCGGCGGCUGGUUCGGAGCAGGAAACGCUGGUGUGGAGAUGGAGGAAGACGAUCAGGGUGCCUGGAAAAUGCGACUGAAUAAGCGAAAGAGCCAACACGAAGAGGACGUCGCUGUACGAAAGUGGGAACUAGAGAAGAGGCGGAGAUUAAGCGUUUCAAGUUGACCUACUUAAAAGCAUCUACUCUAUGUUGAUCUUCAUCUUCUUUUCAAGAAGACAGAAGGGCUGCAUAGAUAUGCGAGAUAGGUCGGUCAACUUGCAACCCCUAAGGAGAGAAAUCGCCUUAGAAUCGCACGAGCGAGAGCUCCAGAUGCUGGAAGAGCGCGCAGCAGCAGGGUGUGGGCCAAUAGGAGGCCACGAUGCCCCCGGAGGAUAUUCGCCACCCCACUCUUCAAUGUUAAGGCUUGUUCCCCUACCGGUGCAUCUUCAGAUAGUGCUGCAUUUUGGAAGAGCUUUCCCAUGAUAAGGAAAAAGGAGCAGCAAGAUACGCCUCAAGAUGGAUAGGCGUGAGCUCUAACAAUGUCACCCGGAGGAGCGGGGCACUACUACCACGGCGCCCCUCCAGGCAGUCCGCCGCCAGGAAGUCCACCCAACAUGUAUCCGCCGCUCUAUGGACCUCAGGCGUACCAUCCGGGGAUGAUGCCUGGAUACAACGUGCCACCUCCUCCGGGAGGAGUUGCGCCAGCAGCAGUUCCCGGUAGCAACCUUUAAGGCCGCUACUUGCUCAUAUAAUUCAUCAACUUUAAAUCUUAGGUUUAUUUAAGGAUGUCAAGGUCUAAGAUCUAGGCAUAGGAGGCUUGGUGGAUCAAUUCGCUUACAUACAGCAGCAACAACGCAUAGAGACGCUCAAAGACGAAAAGACAUUGUUGCGUGAAGAGCGGGACUACUUUCGCCGCAAGAUGAUGGAGCAAGAUAGGAGAGAAGCAGACGAAAUCUCUCAACUACGAGCAGGGCGGUCGAGGAGUCCUAGUCCGGGUGGAUAUCAUAUGGCCUAAGUUCGGGUCCCUUUGCCUUCUCUUGUUACAGUCUAAUAUAUUAUCUUGAACCUGAAGAGGUGUGUCCCAAGGUCUUCUUUCGUGGGAUGUAAGCUCCUGAUGCUCACUUAGGCAUCCUUGACGUCUAAAGCAUCAGGCGGGCGUCUAGCUGACGGGGAGAGGGUGCUUACAGGGUUGGAGGACCUUUUGCGUCGACAUCUCGGUUCCGAAGAUCGAGGGCGAUCACCUGGCAGUCGUUCGGGCGGACAUCCACAGCACGUAAAUUUCUAUCCUUCGCCGAGAGGUCAGCACGGGCUAGUGCCAGCAUCUCCGGGGUCGGCAGCUGCCUCGUCUUAUCGACAGCAACAUGGAGGGGGCGUACCAGAGCAGAUCGUGCAAGAUUUGAGCAAACUAGAGGCAAUGCGAUUGCAGGACAGUAUUGACGUUCUUGUUUCUUUUCAACCCGUGAGUCAGUACCUACGGUAAUACUGCCACUGCGAUCCUUUUUUCUAUUUUUUCCAGUAGUUGAAGUCGACGAAAGAGAACGUCUCAACGAUAGGCAUCAAUAGCACUUCUUACACGUCCUAGUUGUACACCCACGAUCACGAACUAUGAUCUGUUCUUCAGCAAUUUCGAGACUUAGUGACGAAAUGAGGGACCUGCGCAUGCAGAACAAGAUGCAGACCAUGGACGCUCAAUCACGCUCGGCCAGUGCUCAGGGGAAAAAGUAUUUCGUGCAAGAUGAUGAUUUCUUAGUAGUCGGAAUUGUGGUCUUCAUCAUGUUGACAACUCCUUGUGGAAGCUCGUCAAACAAUGUAAUCGAAAACUCAAAAUAAGCGAGUUACUGACUGAAAUAAGAGAGUCUUGACUACUGCAUUCCUCUUCUUUCAGUAUCGCCCUUAUUUUCCCUAGUUACUCGCUUAUUUCAGUUUAUCGAAUAGAACUAGAAGCCGAACUUACCUGGCUUUAGUAAGUUUCCCCUCACUUCUCCAGGCAACAGCACGAGUUUAUGUUUUAUCCGGACGUCAUGCCAUCUUCCUGUUCCUCUUCCAGGCGCGAGCGGAUGCGAGAUGCGAAACAGGAUCGCCUGGAGAAGAAAAUCGAUGCGCUCCUAAACAGCACUACAGGUGGCCAGCUUGAGCUUCUAAACAGUUGUACUUCUGAGAGCCAGCACCCGGAAGUUGAGAGGAACCGGGAGCUCCGUGACGCCACGAUGAAUUUACGUGCCGAAAUAGAAGCAAUGAAACGGGAAAAACUAGACAUGGAAGGCAAACUGAUGGACUCCAGUUAUUCCUUUAGACGCGAUCUGGAGACGGAUAGUGGGACCAGGUACUUUUUCAUAUUUUCUGUUUCAGGAGUGUAGUAGCUCUCUCUUGCAAGUUGUUUCUUAUCUGUCAAAGUGAAGAGCUUUGUCGUCUUUGUCGUCGUCCUACAACUCAUCUUCACUAUGUAUCUAUGUAUAAGUAAAGAAAAAUGAGAAUGACUAACACUCACACACAAAUGUUCCAGUUCCAAGGAGACCCGACAGCGAAGCAAGCGAUUAGGCGAGGUUGCUGAUAUGUACGAGAGAGUGAUCGAGCGGAAGAUAUCGCAGAAAGCUUUUCUCAAUUGUUAUGGUCAUUUGUUUCACCUGUUCGUCUACUCGUUCGAGUACCUGAGCAGCUUCUUGGUAGGGGCUUUUACUCCCAUCUAGAAGAAAAAGAAUACAGGAUCUUGGGUUUGAUACAACAACCCACCUUUCUCCAUAGAAGAGAAGGGCACCCCUAGGGCUGCACCAAGUAGAUCGAUAAGGGAGCAAAAAAAAUGUCGUCCAACCGCGUGCCGCAUCUCUGUCCUGUAUUCGGGAUUGUUUCGUCUCAUGUGGAACUUUUUGACUAUCUCAGGUUUACGUGCUUCAUAGAAGCACUCUCUUUCUCUAAACCUAGUUCCAAAAUGCACGAUUUCGUCAAUUGUCGCGUGGAGUGGCAGAAACCCAAAAAGCCCAAACGCAAGUGAUGCAGCAUCUGUGUAAGCAUGUGCGCAGUGACUGGCGUGAUUUGUUAAGGCUUACAGUCUAUUUAACGCAUCUCCGCAGAUCAUCAGCAUCACUGUACGUUUCCUCUUUGUUCAUACGGCGACGAGUCAGAAUAUGAACUAAUGUAGCCUCUAAAUUUGAGACAGGAUGCUCUGCGGGAACUGGGAGACUUCGGCAGUGCGCUCUCAGAUUCCCAGAUGCAACUACUCGGGACGCUGGCUAGGAAAGAUCGGUGGAGUCUUAUGCUGACAGGGAUAAUGACUUGUUGUACUCAAAGUAACUUGCUUAGUUCACUGCCUGGAAGUGGAGGUCGAGGUGUGAUGUACUAGAAGAAGUGAACUCGUGCUGGGUAAUUAUAGAAACUGAUGUGGUGUGAAUGUGAUGUGGCUUGAAGAUUGCAAGAACUUCCACUUCUGCUCCACGUUGUUUCCGUACGUACUAGUUUAGAGGUCGUCGAACGAUGUCUAAUACAAACCGGAAAAACGAACGUUCCCCACAGAAGAGCAGUCCUAGUACUACAAGAAAAAGCUCGUCUACAUCUCCUGCACGGAUAAAGGAUCUGAGGAGUCAACAGCAACCGGUGGCAGCGCCAACGUUACCGCUGCUGAAAAAAACUAGAAGAACAAGACAGUCAACCAGUGCUGCUGCAGUUUCGUCAGCAGGCAACAAAAAACCACGAGGAGUAGUUGAUAAAGAAAUCCAGUACCAGGACCAGGAAGAGAAAAAUUUAGAGCAGGAACCAAGUGCAACUUCAAGUAACUCUGAAUCUCCUUCUUCAUUCUCAGAGUCUUCAACGCCCGACGACGAUGAAGCUUAUCCAGUUAGAAGUACUAUGCUUCCAAACUCUAGUUCCGCUGCUGCGACGAGAGAGGACGCUACUAGCAACAGGAAAAAUAGAGGACGGAAAGGGAGACGGAAAGCACCUCCAACAGGUACGACGCCCGCCACCGCGUCGGCAACAGCACCUGCAUCGCCGCCAGGUGAUGUCGAGCGGGGUAAGACAAAAACUGCCGCCGCAACAAGAGGAAAGAGGCGCAACAAGAAAGAGCAGGAGACAUCAUUUUCAUCCUCCCCGAAAAGGAACAAGAAGGACAAGGAAAAAUCAGCCUCAGAACCUUUUGAGGGACUGGGCGUAGACCAUGACGAGGACGUCAUGUUCUAUCCCGAGGUGGCAUCUGAUGAAGAAGCCUCUACUUCAUCUGAUGUGAAGGUUCAGGAUGGCGAUCCACUUGAGGUCUUGGAAAGAGUAGAUAUGAAAAAUGAUCGUGAUGGCGAUUCAGAUUCACUAGAGGCACUUUUAAGCGGCGAGAAGAAAGAUGAGGUCGAACAGGACGUUGCGUCGUCAAAUUCCUGAGAAGGAACUAGUACCCGUCUUAUCGUUUUACGGAUGAUGUAUUUUCUUUGUAAAGUUUUUAGUGUGACUUCUUUUUUUGUGUUUUCAUUUUUAUUCCUAGUCAGGGCUUCACCGCACUAAAUUAAUCAGAUACGUCGCUGACAAUCUUUAUAAUACGAUGCGCUGAUAAUAUUGAAGAAGAUACGUUGUUUUAUUUCGCAAAGCCAUUUUCUUGAUGUUUCUGUGCUUCCAAGAAGGAGAAUUUCGUCGCCGGUAAGUCGUUCGUAUAGUACCAAGUAAUUAGAAGUGUCACUUCACGCUUUGUGUUAUGCAUAGUGGACGGUCGGAUAAAUUGUGUAAACUCGUGAACAGCCUGAUGUCGACCAAGAAUGAUAAAGCUAGUACUUGUCGACUGGCCAAUUUGAAAUUAACCAGUUCUGAAAGUUUUCUCAGAAUCCACGUUUUUUUUUAGAGUAGACGUAGUUUUCUUGUUGCUUGUCAAGCAUGCUUGGCUCAACCUGAAUAGAGAGAUAAGCAAUAACUUCAAGAUGUCCUGCGUCUUCGCGUUGAUACAGAUACACAUGACCACCAGGAAUCUUUCUAACAGAUUGAAAAGGAAAUUUUUUGGUUAAUGCCCAUGUUGUUAAUGUGUGUGAUGAAAAAUGCUCCAGUUGCUACAUAGAUAGUCUUUUUUUGACGUGUCGACCUGGCCGCAGUUGGCUUGUUAGAUCAAAACAUGCUCAACCCGUGAACAAAAUCGUAUCCAUACCACUACCUAGUUGAUUUGACUACAAAAUUACAAAACCAGAUGAUCAAUAUGGCCUUGAAAAUGUGUCUUUCUGAUGUUCGUUAAGUCGAUUUACCUUGUACAAGUUUAGGAACAAUUCUAGGACAGCAUUUAAAGUGGACCUUGUUUCAGAAAAACAAUACUGCGAGGACUCACAACUAGAAAAUUUUGUCUCGACGUCUUAUCCAUAUUAGUUCUACGCUCAUUCAUAACUUCAAAGUAAGUGUGAAAUGUUCGUACUUGUCCUUUUUUUGUUCAGAUGAAACUUCUUUCAUCGCUCGAAUAAGUUUCAGGGAUUCUACCUUUGUACAGUACCUUCAGUCGUUGUCAAAAAGACAAGACUUUCUUGAUAAAAAGUUGACAGCUUGGUUGAAAAAAAAUACCUGUCUGAGUUCAAAGAUCCUGGUAAGAUCGGGUACUCAUGUUCUUGUUUGUGUUCCGACAUUUAAGGGAGGCCCUGCCGUCAAAGCGAUGAAUAGAUCACGUUCAUAGUAAUUAAGAGCCCGACGGCGGGGCCUAUAAAAGGGCAUGAGGAAGUUUUACGCGGGGAAAAAUGCCGCACUUACUAGAUAUGCAAUGGAAAGCGAUGACGAAUAAAGAGAAUUCGAG